AGUACUACUUACUAUACCAAGAGAAAUUCGCUUGAAAUUGUACCUACCAUUUCAGCUGACUCGGGCAACACCGGGGGUUCUAACGAAACGAUUACUUGUAAUUCAAAGAACGAUUAUAAACCUGCGACGUUCGACUUGACCAAACCCUUGAGGAGGCUUUCUUUGCCUUCUAAACAAGAGCGACCAAUGAGUAGUGAGCUCAACGAAGCUGAUGGGUUGUUAUUGGAACAAUACACUGCAAAUAACUAUAUUUACGAACGCAAGAUGAAUCGGGAUAAACUAAGAGCAAUAAUGAAUGACAAGACACCUAUAGCAGCACCUCGACAACCGCCUCGACUUCGAAACCAGUCAAGUUUCCCCAAGUUGAAAGACAACUCUCCUCGAUCGCUACAUCAGGUUUAUGAACUAAAAAAACCAUUGCUUACACCGGCUGUAUUGAGACCAGCCUAUACAAACGAAGAAUCAUCAACAUCAUCAUCACAAACACCGAGUCAAUUAACUGUGCUGCGGCUGCAAAUAGAAACUCCGCCACUUAAAACAGUUUAUACCGUUAGUGCUCCUGAAUCCUCUGUCGAAUUAGAUAUCGAACCCAUUCAUACCCACUGGAAAUCAAAUACGACUACUAAGAACUGUAUGUCCUGUUUCAAACCAUUCCGUAACAGUUUGCUAUCGUUAAUAUAUGAUGUUUCGAACAAACGACACCAUUGCCGAUUUUGCGGGUUUAUCUUCUGUAUAGAUUGUUUGGUUCAAGAUAACGAAACUAGCUAUAAUCAGCUGGUUACGCUCUUGGACGCACGGGCACAAUUUGUGAUUCCAGUAUUUAAGAACCUUGAUCAGAUUCCAUCUCAGGGAUACAAGUCCUUUAAAGUAUGCAAGAAAUGUAACAUAGAUUAUAAUGCGUUGGUGGAGGAUAUUAAUAGGUCGUUAGAAGAUGGGGAAUGGAAAUACUUGUCUAAUUCAACUCGCGAUGAUUUGAAGAAAUUGCCGUUUAUUUGUGUGGAGAAUCCGUACGUUGGCAACACUACCAGAUUUAGAGUAAACACUGAUAGUGCAAAUAAGCAAGAGGGGUUUAGGGGGAAGGCAUCCGGGAUAGGGGAAGUUCCUAGUGAUUGGGCAUGGAGCCUGUUUUAGAAGCAUUCUACUAUUUACAUUUUUUGGGGACAAUUUUUUUUAUUAAAUUUGAUUUAUAAGUUUUUCAAAUUGGUUACGCUUGUUUCUUCGGUUAUUUUGUAUAGACUUUUUAUUUAAAUUUACAGCUUAAUAUCUGUAC